CUGAAAUCUCAACCGCUUCUCUCUCCACAAACUGCCAUGGCGUUUCUCUUCUCCUCCGCCAUCCUCUUCCUCCUCCUCCUCUCCUCCGCCGCCAAUUCCCCCACCAGAACCCGUGAAUUCGACGACAUGCUUCAAUCAAUCCGCAGCUACGGCUACACCCUCUUCACCAACGGCAUCGCCACAUCCGAUCUCAAAUACGAGCUCCUCUCCGCCGUCUCCAACUUCACCCUCUUCGCCCCCCGAGACGAGCUCCUCUACGCCCUCGACAUGGCCGCCGACGCCUCCUUCUACGUCAGCACCCUCCGCUACCACGUCAUCUCCAGCCGCCACACCUUCGCCGGCCUCAAGAACCUCUCCGCCCCCUUCCUCGACACCCUCCUCCCCGACUACGCCGUUUUGAUCGGAAAAUUCCGCGACGUCGACGCCGACAGCGACCGCGCCUCCGUCGGCCUCAUCGUCAACGGCGUCCGGAUCGCCUACCCGGACCUCUUCCUCGGAUCCAGAAUCGCGGUCCACGGAAUCGAAGGAAUCCUCCUCACCGGACUCAACAUGAGCCGCGAUCUCGAAUACGGCUCCGGGCAUUUCCCGCCGAUCGGAUCUCCGGCGCCGGCGUUCCACCCAAUUCCUACCCCGCCGUCGAAUGAAUCGGAUAUUCCGGCCGAUAUGCCCAAUUCUCCGACUCCGUCACCGGCGCCGGUAAUCGGGAAUAUUCCGGCGAGGGGGAUUCGGAAGGCGAAGGCUCCGGCUCCGCCGGCGUCUACUUUUAUUGGGAUUAUUCCGGCGAAGGGGAUUCAGAAAGCUGAUGCGCCGGCUCCGGCGGGGGCUGGGAAUAUUCCGGUGCCGGAGACUGACCGGAAUGGUGUGCCGGCAGCGGCGUCGCGGGAAUGGGCUGCGACGCCAACGAUCUCGCAGGAGCAGAUGGAGAAGAUGAAGAGGCUGGGCAAGAAGACGCCGGGGAAAAGGCUGCGGAAGGGGCGGCGCCGCCCCCGGAGGCGUAAGGAGCUCCGUGAUCUGUAAACUGCAUGGGCUGUAUUGGAAUAAUCCAGAUAUCUUGGGGUCAAUGUGUGAUUUCUUGGAUUUACAAAAUAUUUAGUGUUUCUCUUCCUUUCAAAAUGCUGCUGAGUGUGAAUUUUUUAGGAUAUUGAUCACUAUGUUCAUCUAAAAUGUUGCAUCCUCUUUCCAUUUUUA